ACUGGUUGGUUAUUGGUGGCUUACGGUACCGGUAUGGUCAUAGAAAAACUUCAGACAGUGGACCUGCCGUGGCCCGCCGUUUAACGGUAUUUACAGCUCUGCUGCUUAAACAAAAAACAAAUCGAGAACACUUUCAGAUCGAAACGCUCCAGGCAUUGUUUUCGAAGCAGCCAAGAAGAGAGCCGUUGUCGAAGGAAGCCACGAGGACCACCUGUUGAGACCAAGCAAAAGAACAAGAGAAACGCUAGCACAUCGAGGCAGCCGAGAGGAGGGAGCAUUGUUGUCAUUGUUGCCGAAGCAAAGCCGCUGUUGUCAGUUACCAGCAAGAGAACAAAACAAUGAGCAGCAGCACCAUCAAUCUUCGCUUUGAGACUCUUGAUGGGAGCUCAGCUUGUCAUGUGAGAAAGUCAAGGUUGGCUUGAUCAAACCGCUACUGGCCGAACCGUUUGGCAUUGAUGUCGCAGAACAAGAACUCGUGUAUCAAGAUGAAACCAGCCAGCUCUUGCUGCCUGAUGAGGCAACUCUUGGUCCCUCUCAUGACCAAAAAAUUCUCGUACGCCCCAUGGCUCGUGAAAGGACGGUUUGCAUUGUCCAGUACUCUACAGUAGUCCCAACUCAAAUCACGGAAACUCAACUCACUGUCAACUGCAAAGACAAAAUUGGAAGUGUCAAACACCAGAUUCAAGCCCUGUUGGGAGUGGCUGUGGAUGAACAGAAAUUGUACUUUCACAAUGUAGAGUGUGAUGAUGAUCGUACACUCCGCUAUUACCAGUUUCCCAACAAUGUUCAUCUCCUGUUGAUGUCCAAUACUCAACAACCAGAGAUCAAUGUCAUUGUAAGGACAUUGACUGGGAAAACUAUUCCUGUCAAGGUAAACCCAGGAGAAACUGUCGGAAUGCUCAAGAUCAAGAUUCAAAAUAAAGAGGGCAUUCCGCCCGACCAGCAGCGCCUCAUCUUUGGGGGGCGACAGCUUGAAGAUCAAAAUUCGUUGUUCCGUUACCACAUUCCUCACGAAGGCACAAUUCACCUCAUACUUCGUCUGGGAGGCAUGAUCAGUUCCUUCUCAUUCAAUGAUAUGAACGACCCCUUGGUGCGCUAUCUCAUGCUUCCAGAAGCAGAGCGGCAGAUCGCGCCAUUCCCGGUCUCCGCCAUUCACGGGGGACGCCGGUUCUGUGCUUACGACAACAAAGUGUACGACCCAGAGUCCACAACGUCUUUCUCAUUCAACAAAGACUGUGAGAUACUUAGUGCUGGUCAUCGUGGAGUGGUUGGUCAGUUUCUUGAAUUCAUGUGGAGCGCUAAAAUGGCGAACAAGGACGGUGCCGUGGACAUGAAGGUGGUACUACCUGAUGAUCUCUUGGUACAUCUUCUUGAUCCCUUUGCGGCUCGCUGCAACAAGCAUCACACAGAACAGUGGAGUCCAGAGCAGGUGCUUGAAAAGCUCUAUAACACUAGUCCGCAUAUACAUCAACCCAAAAUCGCCCUACGCAUGACCAAGUGGCCAACAAAUGCAUGCAUCAACUUUCACCAAGAUGGACGAUAUGCCACCUACACUAUGCAACUUGCCUUGAACGAUCCCGAAGAAUACCAAGGGGGGAAGCUCUGUUACUUUGUAAACAACCGACUUCAUGUCUUGACUCGGCCCGCUGGUUCCCUAGUGGGCCACCAUCGUGAGGUCCUCCAUGCCGUUACGGCACUGACAGGAGGGGUUCGCAAGAGUCUGUUUCUGACGGACUAUUCUAAUGGGCUUGGUGAGAAAGAUGUCAUUAUCGCCUCCAAAACGGAUGUGGCGGCGUUUUGGGAUUCAGACCUUGGAAUCCCCUGUACCUACUGCUUUGUGCGAUUCCCCAGCCUAAGUUGCAGUGGAUGUUCCCAGAAAAACAUGUGCAAGGAUUGCGCAGAUACAUUUGUUGGCUGCCCUCCCUGUCGCAUUGUUCAGAUGGAAUCAUCUAUUUCGCGCAAGCGGAAGAUUGCCAUGGCUGGACUUUGAAGAAGAUGAAUUACAGCGCCGAAGCUUGUUUCAGGCGUGGCGGCGAUGCACCGAACAAUCAGAAUCACAGCUCGGGAUGCCUUUCGCAACAAAUUCAGAAGACGCUUGGGGGCGGCACAACAACUUGCAAAUGAUCGCCGCUAACCUAACUAUUGAUAGACACUCAUUUUUAUGUACC